AUGUUCCGACUGCAGUCUAUGAUUUACCCCAUUCUAAAUGCGAAAAAGAUAUUGAUGACCCUGGACUUGAUGUUUCUAAAUUUCCCUAAAAAGAAAAUUGGUUCACAAAAUCGCUCUUUCUCAGCUGGAUUUUUUAAGAAUUUUGAAUGGCUAGAAUACAGUAUUAAUAAAGAUUCUGGUUUUUGCUACGUUUGCCGCAUGUUUUCCAGUGAAUCUGGAAAUGCUGAAGAUUCAUUUACAAAAGUUGGAUUCAAUAAUUGGAAAAGUGCAAUGUUAUCACAAUUAUGUUCUCAACAUCAGCAACAAAUAAAAAGAAAUCGUAAUUAUUUAACACAUUUGAUUGAUAUAGCCUUGUACUUGGCCAAACAAGGAAUUUCUUUUAGGGGUCAUGAUGAAAAAUAUGAUUCAAACAAUCAAGGCAAUUUUAAAGAAAUGUGCAAACUUUUCUCAAAAUAUGACAAUGAAUGUGAAGACAUGUAUUUGAAAAAAAUUAACCUUACUAGCUGGGUAAUACAAGAAGAUUUAAUCAAAUUGUGUGCUGAUUAG